UAGGCUGAGAGCUGGAGUACUCUGAGGAGAGCGCCUGCAGCUGCAGCCUUUAGCACAAAAUCCGGGGGUUCCAAGAAGUCGACAAAAAAGAAAAACUCAGACAAAGACCAGGCUAAAACAUUCUUUGAUUUAGAGAAACUUGUCCAGCACAAGUCAUAUGACCUUCCAAAGAAAGAAGUUUCUCCAGCAGCAGCUGUUGCAGAAGCUGUUGCUAAAGCAGCUGCAGGUCCCCCCCCCGCUGCUGCCGCACUUGAGGCUGUGGCAACCACCCCGGUGGUAGAAGCUGCGGCGCCCGUGGUAGAAGCUGCGGCGCCCGUGGUAGAAGCUGCGGCGCCCGUGUUAGAAGCUGCGGUGCCCGUGGUAGAAGCUGCGGCGCCCGUGGUAGAAGCUGCGCCGGUAGUUGAGGCUGUCGCCGAAGCGGCGCCCGUGGUUGAAGCCGUGGUCGAGGCUGUGGUCGAAGCUGUCGCCGAAGCGGUGCCCGUGGUCGAAGCUAUCGCCGAAGCGGCGCCCGUGGUUGAAGCCGUGGUCGAAGCUGUCGCCGAAGCGGCGCCCGUGGUCGAAGCUGUCACCGAAGCAAGUCCCGUGGUCGAAGCUGCGCCCAUGGUGGAGGCUGUCUCAGAAGUAAUUGUAGAGGCUGUGCCAGCGGCUGAAGCUGCCGCCCCAGUGGUUGAAGCUGCUGCAGCAACAGAACCUGCUGCUAAAGUUCCUGUUGAAGCUGCCCCAGUAGAAGCUGCUCCAGGGCCCGUGGCUGAAGCUGCGCCUGUAGAAGCUGAAGCUGCGCCUGUAGAAGCUGAAGCUGCGCCUGUAGAAGCUGAAACUGCCACAGUUGAAGCUGCUCCAGAGCCUGUGGCUAAAGCUGCCCCUGUUGAAGCUGAAGGUUCUGUCCCUGUGGAGGGAACAGAGGAGCUGGUGGACCCGGUUCCAGUCGUAGCUGAAGCUGCAGGAGAGGAGCUGCAGGUGGAGGCCCCAGCUGAACCAGUUGAACCGUUUAAGGGUACACAUUACAACCUCCCCCUCUCACAAAAUCCUUCUCUUUUCCUCUGUGGACCCUGGAGUCAACCGGCUGUCAGUUUCAUCACCAUUUCUAGGACUAUACAAUAGUCGUUUGUGAUGAGCGUAAGGAUAAACUGUAAAGAUACGGGACAUCACAAAUUCACUUAUUUUGUUCUAGCCUAGCACAGGUUGUUCCAUAUAGUCCUUAGUAUUAGUUGAUCGAUUUUCAGCCCAUAUCCCUUAAACACUGCCUUCCUGUUUCUCAUGUCUUGACUUCUGGGUCAUCUUUCAUGUAGCUGUAGUUCAACUCCAUAGGCGCAUUCACACCGCAGUACUUUUCCCACUUUAGUUCAUCAGAACUAA